UUUUCCAUUCGGCGCAUAUCCUUCAUUCGGCGCAGUUGCACUGGUUUUUGGAGGUUAGAAAAAUUGAUAUGGCGGGCCGAGGCAAGACACUGGGAUCAGGAUCGGCGAAGAAAGCGCAAUCACGGAGCAGCAAGGCUGGGCUUCAGUUUCCGGUCGGUCGUAUUGCUCGGUUUUUGAAGGCCGGAAAAUACGCAGAGCGCGUCGGUGCCGGAGCGCCGGUGUAUCUCGCAGCGGUCCUGGAAUACCUCGCCGCCGAGGUGCUGGAAUUGGCUGGAAAUGCUGCAAGGGACAACAAAAAGACUCGAAUCGUGCCUAGGCACAUCCAGCUAGCAGUUAGGAACGACGAAGAACUGAGCAAGCUUUUGGGAGAUGUGACAAUUGCGAAUGGAGGAGUGAUGCCGAACAUCCACAAUCUGCUACUGCCGAAGAAGGUUGGUGGCUCGUCCAAACCCACUGCAGAAGACGACGACUAGACCCACCACACUGCAACUCGUAAUUUCUUCAAUUAAUGGUGUUUCUUGAUUGAGGUAGUGCUGUUUAGUUUCUAUUUUGUUGUUGCCAUAGGAAAAACAGAUUUGCUGAGGUGUGUAAGUAACAGUGAAGUGAAUGAAUGGAUUCGAAUUUGCUGCCCA